UAUAGUUCAUGAAUUUUGAGUAAGGUGUUGUUUCUACGUGUUUCUUCUGUUUAUCUUUGAUCAUAAAAUAUUUAAAUUUAUUAGAAUAAAUGACGUUACACGUCGAAUAUUAUAUCGUGAAACGCGCGAAUGUUUUGAAAAUUGUACACGUAGGCAACAGGUGUCUAAUGCCGCACAUGUUUCUUUUUGACUGUAGCGAUCAUUUCUCAUUUUAAAAUUGGAAGAUUAAGCGUAAUCGCAUACAAGUUAUAUUUUUUGGAUUUUUAGUCAUGCUAAAAACAGUUCAUAGAAUUUUAUAUCAAAGUAGCCAUUUUAACAAAGUUUUACGAUAGAAGUGUGCAUAAUUAGUUAUUAAUAUAUCAAAAUGGAAUAUGAUUAUCUUAUUAAAUUUUUGGCUCUUGGAAACUCUGGAGUCGGCAAGACUAGUUUUUUAUAUCAAUAUACUGAUGGCACGUUCGAAUCUCGUUUUAUAUCCACCGUUGGUAUUGAUUUUAAAGAAAAACGUGUGAUAUACCAGACGGCAAAUGGUAGAACUCAACGUGUGCAUUUGCAAUUGUGGGAUACAGCUGGUCAAGAGCGGUUCAGAAGUCUAACUACAGCCUUUUACCGGGAUUCUAUGGGUUUCCUUCUAAUUUUUGAUCUGACCAAUGAAUUGUCCUUUCUUGAAGUAAGAAAUUGGCUGGAGCAGCUUAGGACUCACGCAUAUUGCGAAGAUCCAGACAUAAUUCUCUGUGGAAACAAGUCCGAUCUCGAAGAUAAACGAGUUGUUAGUGAACAUAAGGCACGGGAAUUAGCAGAGAAACAUGGCUUGGUCUACCUGGAAACAAGUGCAGCCACGGGUCAGAAUGUAGCACGUGCCGUGCAGAUACUUCUGGACCGGGUGAUGCGCAGGAUGGAGACGACUGUGGAUAAAUCACUGCUACCUCACCAGAAAGUGUUACGAUGCAACGAGCGUGACACACCGCCUCCAAGUACUUCCUGCUACUGCUGACACUGUUCUUACGCAUAGCGUAACUGAAUAAUUUGCUUCGUAAAAUUUAUACUUUUUAUUUAACUAACAUUGUGGACUGACUGACUUGUACUUGAAUAUAUCUUAUCUUUAAAUAUUUCGAAAUAUAUUAUUUGCAUAUGCAUAUGCAUGUAUAUGAAAAUAUCGAAGAUGUACAAAAUUUCAAAGCACUAAUAAUGAUUUAAAAUUGUAUACCUUUAUACAUGUUGUUUCCUGCAUUCACGCGCACACUGUUGUCUUCCAUUAAUAGCUUCCACUAGUACAAAAUUAUGUCUCGUUGCAAAUCGUUGAACGUAUCUUCUUCCCGAUAACGUGAUCUAUCUGUUACUCUCGUACGCACAACGUGUUCAAUAUAUCCUGUUUGUUUUCUCUGUUUAUUCGCCAAAAAUUGUGAUAUGAUAAUGUUGCGAUUUAUGUAAGGUGAAACGAUCAAUUUUCGAUCUAUAUAUAUAUAUAUGUAUAUGUAUUUUUGAUGCUGUUAUUGUGCCCAUACCAAAGUUGUACAUCUAGUCGUUAAGAAAUUAUGCUGAAAAUACAAUCAAAGUGUUAUCUGAUAUACUGUUUGUACUAUCGUGGAAUGCUGAUGAAUGUCUCUGAUCUUAUCAAGUUUUUAAACAAAAUGUAUUUUACGAAGAUUAAAUGUUUGUUCUUAGCUAUUAAGAGAAAAUAUUAAAAAAUGUUAAUCAUUAUCUAUGCAAAUCGAGAAAAUUAUAUGUUGUUUCUUUCAAUUUUUAUGACUAUGAAUUACGAUUGAUCAAGAAGUGUUUAAAUAUAUAAAUAUUUAUUGAAUAUUUAUAUAAAAAUAUAAAGUGGGAUGAUGAUUUUCUGAUUUUUUUGAAUUAUAUGAAUCAUCAUAAAAGAAAUGAUGCAAGAUUAAAAUAUUAUAGGAAUAUUAAAAGAAAAUUGAUCUUUUGAAACUUUAAAAAUGCGUUUUUGGGAAAAGAUGUAUUUGUAAUAUUUCUCUUAAUAUAACGGAUUGUUUAAAAUAGAGAUAUUGUAAAUUGUUGCUCUAUCCUAUAUGUUGUAUCACAUCGAUAUAAUAAAAGAAGAUAGCACGAAUUACAUAUCUCUGUUUCGAAAAAAUUCUGUUAUUUAUUUUCAGUUUGCUACGAAUCUUGAUAGCAACGGAAAAUGAAAAUGCACGAUGAUGAAUUACUCUAAUAAAUUUUUGAUCUAACUUUUUCUCGCGUACGAAGAGAAUCUUGAAUCUCGAAUUUUGACGUAUUUAUUGAAUUUCGAAUGAAUUCGUGUGGAUCUUGAUGUGUUCAAAUUCUGACUAAAUACUAUUAAGCCGAUGAAAAUGUAAAAUUGCAUAAUGAUAUUGGAGUUUGCGAUUGUGUGUUUUCGACAUUGUUUAUUGUAAAAUUGUUCGACUCGUUUUUAUCUGUUGAACAAUUCAAAUCUAAAUCAGGCAACGCAAAGAGCGUGCUCUAUCGUGUAUACUUAUGCUUAUCUAUCUAUUUCAUAAAAAUUCUCUCUUGAGAAAAUAGAAUGGAAAUUUCCAAGAAUAUUCUCGCAGGGUAAAUAAGCCAUCUGUAAUUCUGCUUAAACGAAGUUUCUCUCCGUUUAUCUGCAAAUCCUCAACUGGUAAGACCAUAAAGUAGCGCAUUUAUGGAUAAGCCGAAGCUAAAAGCAACUGCCUCGCCAAAAACUCGACAACAGUUUAAACUCUAGGAGAACACGAAGUUCUCUCAAGCAGAUUUCCGAUACAAUCAAUCAAAGGUGACGCUCUGAGACCUGUAAUAUAGGUCGUUCUUCGAACUUUAUCUUACCAGUUGAAAGGUAUGAGAAACUUCUUUGCGGCGAAGUUGGAAACAGGAAAAAAAAAAAAAGAGAGAGAAAGAAAAAAAAAUUUUACCUCCAUGAAGGGAUCACCGACAGGUGUUCUCCGCAGUAGUACUCCUUUCGGGACUUGAUAUCAAAUGCAACAGAUCGAGAAGGGAGAUCGGUUAGAAAAUUAUUUCGAGUAUCAGCCGGUGAAACUUCGUUUCAUCAAUAAUAGGAAGAAAAUGCGCGCAACCUUUCACUUUGAAAACUUUCCCGUGGAAACUUCCUUCAUGGAAGUUCGAUCGAAGUUUCUGACCGAGUUGGCCAGAUCAUUAGCUGACUAUUUAUACACAACGCUGUUAUUGUUUACGGGUGCGGAUGGUUUUUAAGCUCGUCCAUCGAGCGAAAUGCAUUUUUAUGAGCGCAAGUUCGUACACGCCGCGCUUUUACGAGGAUCCGCGCAAUUAUUUCACGAUUGAACGAACUUUCGACUCCUCAUCGAGAGAACGUUUCCAAUGAGAUAUUAUACAUUUCUACGUACUUGUUCGGGAUAAACUUAUCGGAAUCAAUAAAAAUGCACAAGUUGUAAAAACAAACGUAAAUGGUACAUCGAGUUUUCUUCCCCUGGAUAAACGAUUUUUCAUGGUUGUAUUAUUUUAUUUUAUUUUAUCGCACGUGUAUAUCGUUUUGAUUUUAUUGCUUCGAAUUUUCCUUUUUUUUUUUUUUUUUUUUUUUUUUUUUUAACAACUAACCACUGAACCGAUUUAAAAAACACGAUAAAUCUGUGCAAUGAUAUACCAGAUUACUCGAAUUUAUUUAUAAUCCAUUUUUCGAUCUUGUUCACAGUUUCGCAUAAUUGGAAUCCCAAUUAAACCCGUUAAAUCAAAAUAUUCCAUAUCAAAAGCUGUAUGUACAUAUAGUAAUAUACGUUACAAAAAUAAAAUCAGUGUUAAAUAUGAUACAUUAUAUACACCAACACAUUAAUUUGUAUUCAUACGUGAUACUUUUUCCAAUCAAUUUCCAAUUGUAUGUAUACGUUAUAAAUAUAUUAAAUAAAUUUUUUGUCUUCGAAUUUUAA